AUGACAAUCAGCACGGAGGGGCAUUGGCCUCCUCACCCAAACCCGCCUCAGAAUGUUUUGGGAGCACAUCCCAUCCCAGCUCUGGACCGCAACAAUAUCACGAAUGCUGCUGGGAAAUCCGCAAGCCAUGAACCUGUCGGAUCCUGUGCAUCCAACCCCACAUUUCUGACUGGAGCCAGCGCAGUGAGAAGCUCGCAUGGCCUUGAUAGAAGCUCUAUUGUUCAUCCGCACAAUCAGACUGAUCUCUCUAGAAGCAGCUCCAUCUGGGCUGUGACAAGUUGCAUCAAUGGUGAAAUGGCCCCCAGUAUCCUCUCGCCAUUCGAUUCCAUGGCGGUAACUGAGCCGGAGGGGCCAAUGACUCCUGGAAAACUUAUGACUAACAAGCCGAAGUCUUCCUCGUCCAAAAGCCCAUUCUCUACUGACAAUACAUUCCGCAACACGCCAACCACGGCCAUCAGCGGCCUUGUGGGAUCCCAUUCCUCUUUCUCAUCCCCAAUCCCCUCACACUGUCGCGCGCAAUCCUUCCGCUCAUCUCGUUCUUCAUGGACAAUUGGACCUACUGGCGGCGGUGCAACACACGUGCCUCUUGAAAACGCUGCUGGCACCUGCGCCUCCCAGUUUGGUGACAGCGUCCGUUAUGGUAGCCCCCACCACUCUCUCAAGCCAAUUGGAUUCAACCAGAACGGAGUAGACUGGCGUCAGCGUCGCCUGAAGCAGAUUGUGGAGAAUGAUCCCUUUGGACUUGGCCUCAAUGACGAUGCGUGCGCCCCUUGUCCCCGGCGCAGCUGA